CAAAAACACUCGAAAACCAAAGGGCCUGAGUUCCCACGCGGUGGAUUGAGUGUGGUACCAUAACUUCUCGAUCCAUGGUUUUGAAGUUUUGGUAUCAUCCGAAACAAAAACUAUUUAAAGCACCUACAACAAAGUCACUUGUACCUUUAAACUCACAAAUCCAACCAAAAAUCACAAGCCAUUACAAGACAAAAACACUCUCACACUAUAUUCUCUAGCUCAAUCCACCACCUCUUAUUCUUUCCUUCAGUCAUGUGGCAACUACUGCUCCUCCUCCUAGCCACCGCCUCACUCCGUCAUGCAUCCGCCGUCACCGGCGGCAAGUGGGACCUCCUUCUUUCCAGCGUCGGCAUCUCGGCCAUGCACAUGCAGCUCCUAAACAACAACCGUGUCAUCAUGUUCGACCGUACCGAUUUCGGCAAAUCCAACAUUUCAUUGCCUAAUAACAAGUGUCGGAUCGAUGCGAAUGACACGGCGCUGCCGACUGACUGCACUGCGCACUCAGUGGAGUACGAUGUUAAAAAGAACGUGGUACGGCCACUCAUGGUCCUCACCGAUGUCUGGUGCUCCUCCGGGGCUGCCAUGCCGGAUGGUAGGUUGGUCCAGACAGGCGGUUAUAAUGACGGGGAUCAUGUUGUCAGAAUUUUCAGGCCUUGUAAUAAUGUGACAUGUGAUUGGGAAGAAAUCAAGUCUGGAUUGACUCAGAGGAGAUGGUAUGCUACAAAUCAUAUCUUACCUGACGGCCGUCAGAUUAUUAUUGGCGGCCGUAGGCAGUUUAAUUAUGAGUUUUAUCCAAAAACCGGGGCGACUAAAGCAUACAGCUUGCCAUUUUUAGUGCAAACUAAUGAUCCAAUAAUCGAAAAUAAUUUGUACCCGUUUGUUUUCUUGAACGUUGACGGGAAUUUAUUUAUUUUCGCGAAUAAUAAAUCCAUACUAUUCGACUAUGCGAAGAAUGUGGUCGUGAGGACCUAUCCGGACAUUCCAGGUGGCGAUCCGCGGAGUUAUCCGAGCUCCGGCUCUGCUGUUCUUCUACCUCUAAAAAAUUUACAAGGAAAUAAAACGGAAGCUGAGGUUUUAGUUUGUGGUGGAGCACCGAAAGGUGGAUACAUCAGUGCUGAAAAUGGUAAUUUUUUACAAGCACUGGAUACUUGCGGCAAAAUUAAAAUAACCGACCCGAAGCCGCAAUGGGUCAUGGAGAAAAUGCCUAUGGCCCGAGUCAUGGGUGACAUGGUGUUGCUUCCUGAUGCUAAUGUAUUAAUCAUAAAUGGUGGCUCCAAAGGGACUGCUGGAUGGGAGGUGGGUCGUGACCCUGUUUUUACUCCAGUUCUGUACAAACCGAAUAAUCCAGUCGGAUCGAGAUUCGAGACUCAAAACCCAAGUAACAUACCCAGAAUGUACCACUCGACAGCCAUUCUGCUAAGCGAUGGCCGUGUUUUAGUUGGAGGAAGCAAUCCUCAUAUUUAUUACAAUUUUACUGGCGUUUUGUUCCCUACGGAAUUGAGCCUGGAAUCAUUUUGCCCAGCGUAUUCGGAUCCGGCUUCAGCCAAUCUACGCCCGACGAUCAUUUCACCCGCUUCUCAUUCGAAAAUCGGGUAUGGGCAACAGAUACCGAUACGGUUCACAGUUCCUGGAAGAGUAAACAGAGACUUGGUGACGGUAACAAUGGUCGCACCAGCGUUCACUACUCACUCAUUUUCUAUGAACCAAAGAUUGUUAGUCAUUGGGAGCGGGAACGCGACAAUUAUCGGGCGUUCAAAUUAUCAGAUUCGGGUUACCACACCCAGGACGGGUAAUUUAGCACCGGCUGGUUACUAUAUGAUAUUUGUGGUUCACCAGGGCAUUCCUGGCGAAGCCAUCUGGGUCCAAAUUCAAUAAUUUGCCUGGCAAUGGAUAAGUCUUGUAUACGAAAUAGAUAAAAAUUACUAGUUACUUUUCGCUUCUUUGUUACAUAUAGUAAUACCAUGAUAGGAAAGUGUAUGUGAUUUACAUACGUUCUAUCACUUGUAAAAAUGUGUAGUGAGAUGUUCCUUUUAAAAUGGAUCACCUCUGGUAUAAAUUUAAGUGUUUUUGAUUGUCA